UUAGUCUCACGGUGAACGUGAACGCGCGCGGUUCAGUUAAGAAAACGUGGCAAACGGUUUUCGUGUGUUUUCUAAGCCGGAAAGCUUUUGGAACUUCGCGUGCUAAACAGUUGGGUUGAAUUUUCGAGCCUAAUUGGAUUUGGUGCCUGCACAUAAAGUGCUUAUUUGUUUUGAUUAAUCGGCACAGAAGGUUGAGCAAUUUUAUUUGAGCGGAAAUUAAGUGUGGCGAUUGGAUUUUGAUCCGUUGAAGUGAUUUUGAGAUAUGAAUUUUCAGCUAUAAUUUGGAACGUGUGUAUUCAAUCGACAACAGUUGAGAACAAAGUGAUUUGUGAUCAGGUGAAAGGAACUAACGAUCAAUUCCGGUGCGGAGUACAAUGCAAGGGCACGAGAAUAACGGCUUCGAGAAUGACAGCCCUUCGAUACCGGGUCAGAUCCGGUGGAACACUGUCAUUGGAAUUGGUGAAACUGAACCUGCAAAACAGCGAAGGAAUUCAAAUAGUGCAGAUUCAGUUGUUACCCAAACAAUUACCAACAGUUCUACCUCCUCACUGGAAGACGCUCCUGGUCGAGAUCAGUGGGGCAAAGGAAUCGAGUUCCUAAUGUCCUGCAUAGCCAUGUCCGUCGGGUUGGGCAACGUUUGGCGCUUUCCGUUCAUUGCCCUGGAAAAUGGAGGCGGUGCUUUCGUGAUACCCUACAUUAUAGUUCUUCUGCUUGUAGGAAAACCGGUCUACUACAUGGAGAUGAUCAUCGGUCAAUUUUCCAGCCGAGGCAGCGUCAAAAUCUACGACUGUGCACCGAUCAUGAGAGGCGUCGGCUACGGACAGAUCCUCUCGAUAGCGAUCGUUUCCACGUACUAUUCAUCGCUGAUGGCUACUACGUUGAAGUAUCUUUUCGAUUCGUUUCAAAGCAUUCUUCCGUGGUCCGUUUGCGAUGAAAGUUGGACCGAUUUUUGCAUACCUUCGGGAAAGAUAGCAAGCUCCAGCAAUGACACGCUGAGGAUCGCUUCAAACUCCAGCGUUGUUCCAAUGAGUUCCUCAGCCGAAUUGUACUAUAAACGGGUGGUUCUAAAAGAGAUCAGCAGCAUUGAAGACGGAAUCGGCCUUCCAGACUGGCAACUCACCUUGUUUCUCUGUUUGUCCUGGUCGUUCGUUCUACUCACUCUUAUCAAAGGUGUAAAAAGCGCCGGAAAGGCAUCCUACUUCCUAGCGCUCUUCCCUUACGUGGUGAUGUUUAUUCUGCUGGUACGCGCUUGUACUCUACCCGGUGCCGUGAAUGGAAUCAUCUACUUUCUCAAGCCCCAGUGGGACAAAAUCCUGGAACCAAACGUGUGGUACGCAGCCGUAACUCAAUGUUUCUUCUCACUGUCGAUUUGCUUCGGCAACAUCAUCAUGUACUCGUCGUACAACAAAUUCCGCCACAAUGUGACCCGCGAUGCCACGAUCGUGACUACGAUCGACACAUUUACUUCGCUGUUGGCAGGUUGUACCAUAUUCGGCAUCCUUGGACACCUAGCACACGUUAUCGGUACCGAUGAGAUUGGUACGGUGAUCAAACCUGGAGCUGGGCUUGCGUUCAUUUCCUACCCGGAGGCGAUCGCCAAGUUCGAGUUUGUACCACAGCUUUUCUCCGUCAUGUUCUUUUUGAUGCUGUUCGUGCUGGGCAUCGGGAGUAACGUCGCAAUGACUUCCUGUGUGAUGACCGUCAUUCGGGAUCGGUUCCCGAAGGUGAAGAAUUGGCAGGCAGCGACUGUGAUUUCGGUGUGCGGAGUUGGCCUGGGAAGCGUCUAUGUGACGCCGGGAGGUCAAUACAUUCUCACCUUGGUGGAUCACUUCGGAGCAUCCUUCAUUGCCUUAGUGCUAGCCAUUGCCGAACUGAUCGCUAUCGGUUGGAUCUACGGGACUGAUCGUUUCUGCAAAGAUGUAGAAUUUAUGCUGGGCACCCGACCAAACCUGUACUGGCGACUUUGUUGGCGAUGGUUAACUCCGGCGCUGAUGUUUGCCAUUCUUGUCUACAGCUUGGCGACGUUGGAACCGCUGACCUAUCAGGGUUACGUUUACCCGUCGAUCGCUUACGGUUUCGGCUGGUGCAUCGCUGCAUUCGGACUGCUGCAGCUGCCAAUCUGGGGGAUCUACGCUAUCUUUAAGGGAGAAGGAAAAACGCUAUCAGAAAAAAUCUUCAGUACAUUCCGGCCACUUCCAAACUGGGGACCAAUCGAGCCAAACCUAAAGCUGGAGUACAAAAAAUUUAUCAAUAAAGACUGAGCUUUGGUAUACCACAAACUACAACCAUCCUAUUGGAUACGUGUGUGCUGCAAACAAGUUCUCAACGAUCCUAGAAUGUAUACACAAUUGUGCUAGAAGUAUUAUGAUCAGUGAUGUGAUUUCUUUUUAACGGACCAGUUUUAACUUAUUACCAUUUAGUGAUAAAACAAUCAAAAACAAAAAUAUUUAUUCAA